CAUCGAGUUUAAAAGAAUGAAGGAAGACCAAAAAGCAACAGCCGUCAUCAAGUCAUAAAUCUGAAGCGUCUUUUUUUAAUUUUUUUUCCACCAUGAGAAAGAUCGAAUGUCACCGUCCGGAGGCUUCGGGAGUUACAGGUGCGAAGAUGAGGAACAUCCAGCAAUUCAUCAAACAGAAAAAAAAAUAAUAAUAAUUUGCAUCCAGUCGAGCAAUAUUUUCAAGUUUACUAAUGAAGCACUUUUGAUGGGUUUACUCACUGGGAUAUUUCGGCUCGCGGCUGUGGAUCACAUUGACAGUUAAACGUUUCAGAAAUAUAUUUAUUACUUAGCCAAGCUGUUUCUUUUUUUCUUUUCUUUUCUUUUUUACAGAGGGACUAUUAGAUCUUCUCUUAUAUAGAUUUCUCUGGGCUAAUCAGAAUUCCAAAGCAAAUCCCCUGUGCUGCCCUGCUACUUCAUUAAUCGGACUGUCGCCUUUUUUUGUUGCAACCAAAAGGAAAACUCUGAGCAUAAAAGGUCUCGGCAUGCCAGGCUAACGCGCUUCAGCCAGAUUACAUUUGUGAAAUAUUGAAAAUGUAUUAGAAAUAAGCAUCAACAGCAGCAAACAAAGAGAGAAUUCAAGAAAGGGAAGAAUACUUUAAUUUUGGAUUUUGGUGCAAAAAAAACAAAACAAAAAAUGAACUCAAAUGAAAGAUAAAACAUUUCAAUAAAAAUAGAAUAAAAAUUUAGGUAGUCGUAAUUUUUAUAACUUUUUGGGAAAAUAUAAAGUUGUGUUUUAAUAUUGCAUGCUAUUUCAAUACUGACGUUUAUGGUUCUUUUCUUUAAAAAACACAUUUGUUGAUAUUAAUCAGCUUAGGCAAUUUUCACUUUUUAGAACCUUUGCAAUUAAAAAGAUGAUUAUUACCCAAAAGACUCUUACUGCUGCGGAAAAAAUAUAAAAUUUUUGAGCGCACCGAUGCUUACUCGGAUUUCUGAAGAAACAGAUAAGCAAUAAGUUGUAUUUCCUUUCUUUUAUUCCUCCCACUCCCUCACUUUGGCUGCACGAUCAAGUCCCGUUCCUCUGGUCAAGUUCAGCUUGUUGUUCCCCCGGCCCUCGCGGACGCUUCUUAUUGGUAGGCUGCGACAGUUACAUCACGGCGCUCGUGACGCGCACGUCUUCCUGUUUCCUUCAACCGUGUCUUAAAGUGAAUCUUAGUGGCGGAGGAGCGCUCCAGCAGCAUCCAGUCCUCCGCUCUGCAUCCAGCGCGCCUCAGAGACGCACACACGCACAGCUUUUCUCACUCUCUCUCUCUCCCUCUCUCUCCUGUCUUCUUUCAAGGUCUCUCACUCUUUCGACCACAGCUGAGGAUAGAAGGAGAGACGGACGCGCAAGAGCCAGUUUUUCCCGUUUUCUUUUUAUAUUUUUUGCCUCUUUUAGUUCGCGCCGCUCACUUUAUUCCAGCUCUUCCUUUCCUAUAUUUUGUUCCAGCUCCUCCGCACAGCAGUCCGCGGCGUUUUUCUCUCUUUCGCUGCCGCAGGAGUUCAGGUUGUCCCCCCUUAAUCUUCAUCUUGGACCAGGUAAGUAACCUUGUCCUCGGAUAAGCUCCCUCACUUUUCUUGUUCAGAUAUUGAACUCUUAUCUAGCAUCACUUAUUCUGCCAAUCACCAGCGAACUGAAUGGGUGCGAUAAUAAGGGCUGCACUUGGUUCUCUCAGCUCGGUGUGUGCUGAGAGUUGCGUGAGCAGCCAGUGUUUUUUGGUGAGGAUGAUUUGCGAACCUUAGCCCAGCCUUCCUCAUCAAAGCAGAGAUCGAGUUGAUUUGCAACUCUGCGAAAUACUCAGAGGCUUUGACCCUAGAGGACUGGGUUUGUGGGAUAUGGCCCAAUAGCAGCAGCCCGUGAUGCCGGACCAUGACAGCGACUCCCUCCUGAACAGACAGACCAAGCGACGACGUGUGGACAUUGGUGUCAAGAGGACAGUGGGUAGCACAGCCUCCUCCACAGCAGCAGCUACUACCGAUAACAUCGCCCGCGCCAAAGCAGCCAUUUUCAGUGCCAUGAACUCUCUGAGCUCCCAUUCUCACCACGGAUCAGACAACGACUCCAUGGAGUGCUCUGUAGUACAGCCACAUGGUGGGCCUGGCGUUGUGUCAGCAGGCGACAGUGAGUCCAAAUCAAAUGUACUCCGAAAGCUACUGAAGAGGGCCAACUCAUAUGAGGAUGCCAUGAUGCCCUUCCCUGGCACUACCAUUAUCUCUCAGCUUCUCAAGAAUAACAUUGCAAAAAAUGGAGGCGGACCUGAGAGAGGGGAAAGAGGAGAUAGAAUCGAAUCAGGCUUCCCUGGAUCAGGGCUCUCAAAUGCUAGCUCUGAUGCCCCGCAGGAAGAUGCAUGCAGUAACUCCUCCCAGGACAGCACCCCUCAGGAGUGCUUGUCACCGUUUGGUCGUCCUCCUGGCCUGGCCACCUUUGACAUUGAACGUCUCAAUGAUGAACACCUGCGUGCCAAGCGGGCCCGUGUAGAGAACAUUAUACGUGGUAUGAGCCACUCGCCAAGCGUGGUGGUGCCUGCUGCUUCCCGUCAUGAGCGUGACCAUGAGAUGGAUGGAGAGCGGGAUCUAGAACUAGAUUGUCCUCCUCGUCAGUCCCAACAGCAAGCCCCAAGCAGUCCACGGGGAGGUGAAGUGUGCAGUAGCAGCCGUGAGAAUAAGCGCAAACAGCGACUGCCUCAGCAGCAGCAGCAAAGCUUCACCCAGCUGGUGUGUCAGAGAAAGGAACAGAAGCAGGAGGAGCGGCGGCAGCUCAAGCUGCAGCUGGAGGACAUGCAAAAGCAACUACGGCAGCUCCAGGAGAAGUUCUUUCAGAUCUAUGACUCCACCGAUGACUCAGAGCACACUGACCUUCACAAUGACAUAGGAAACAUGUCAGAGGACAGCCCAGGCAGGUCCGACACCGGUGGAGAUGACCGGGGUGGAGAUGACUUGCGCUCUGACAAUGAGAUGGCUGAUUUGGAUCCAGGCCAUUUCCUUGACAGGGCGCGGGCACUGCUUCAGGAGCAGGCCUUAUUGGCCGACACUGAGAAGCCAAGAAGAGAUGGCCUCAGCCGAAACAAAGGACAGGGAGGUCCAGGUUCCUCCAUGCAUGCUGAAGGUAAACAGCUAGCAGAAACACUGAAGCAAGAGCUCAACUCAGCCAUGACCCAGGUGGUGGACACAGUGGUAAAGGUGUUUGCUAAACCUCCUCGCCCUACUCCUCAGCAGGCCUUUCCACCUCUUUCUAUACCCCCUGAAAGAUUUCCUGCUGCUGUUAAUGGAGACAACCCAAAUUUUCACACCACCAACCAGAGGCUGCAAUGUUUUGGUGAUGUCAUCAUUCCUAAUCCACUGGAUUCCUUUGCUAGCAUGCCUGGCAUACCAGGUCCUACCAAUGACCAAACUGAGGCACUGCCUUUAGUAGUACGUAAGACACCCAGCGAGCAUCACCACCAGUCUUCAGCUGUGGGUGCACAUGGUGGUAGCCACCAUCCAGCUCUCCAUCCAUCAUCUCUCUCUGCCUCCAUGGGCUUCAGCCCUCCCUCCUUUCGACAUCCCUUUCCACUGCCACUCAUGGGUUACCCCUUCCAGACUCCCAUUGGCCCACCCACAGCUUACCCAGGCAAGGACCGUACAUCACCAGACUCCAUGGACCUGCCCAGAGAGACCACCAGUUUGAGAACAAAGAUGGCAUCAGGUCACCACCUGGGGCACCACCAUCGCUCUUGUUCACCAGCACACCCUGGCAGCACAGCCGAAAGCCUGUCCUUGUCCCUAAUCAAGUCAGAGUGCAGUGAUCUCCAGGACAUGGCUGACAUCUCUCCUUACUCAGGCAGCAAUAUCCAGGAGGGCCUCUCCCCUAAUCACCUGAAGAAGGCCAAACUCAUGUUUUUCUACACCCGCUACCCAAGCUCUAACAUGCUGAAGAUGUUUUUCUCUGACGUCAAGUUUAACCGCUGCAUCACCUCCCAGCUGAUCAAGUGGUUCAGCAACUUCAGGGAGUUCUACUACAUCCAGAUGGAGAAAUUUGCCCGGCAGGCCAUCAACGACGGUGUCACUGGAGCCGAGGAGCUGAGCGUCAGCCGGGACUGCGAGCUCUUCCGAGCCCUCAACAUGCACUACAACAAGGCCAACGACUUUGAGGUCCCUGAUCGCUUCCUGGAAGUGGCUGAGAUUACAUUGCGGGAGUUCUUUAAUGCCAUUGUGGCCGGCAAAGACGUGGACCCAUCCUGGAAGAAGGCCAUCUACAAGGUCAUCUGCAAACUGGACAGCGAGGUCCCUGAGAUCUUCAAGUCCCCAAAUUGCCUUCAGGAGCUUCUACAUGAGUAAAAUUCCUCCUACACCUCCAUCUCUGAUCAUCUCUUUGCGCUUAUUUUGUUUGUCGUUUUUGAUUUAAUUGAAUUUUUCAAAAAUUUCCCCUUAGUUUUUUUUUUUUAUUAUUAUUUUUAACUAAACGUUUGAUUUUUUUGUUCUUUUAUUAUUAUUUUUGAAUGUAUAAAAGUUAUGGAGUAGCAUUCCCAAACUAAAGCCUCUGUGGCAUUUCCUAAAUGAUCUAGCUAUUGUGUUGUUGUUCAUAUAUUAUUAUGGUUAUUAUAUGUUUUGUUUUUCUAACAUUCUGAAGUGAAGAGACUUUUAUUACUGGGUGUUUUUGGACUGUGUGAGCCCUCACCUGUAUGGCCUGUUUUAUGAACAAUACUACCUGAGUGUGCAGAGGGACUUUGCAUUUACACCACUACAAACACAGGCAGGGUUUACUAAAAAACUGUAAAACUGUAUCCCUCCAGUUCUAGGGGCAUCCUGACGAACCGUUUCCUGCUUGGCUGCCCAAUAGACUCUGCUUUAUAAGAUGUCACGAAGAAGACACACAUGCACACAAAAUUGAGGCCUACUAUGGUUAUUGACUGGACUAAAACUGGACUCGUGUUACUGGUCAGCACUGGUCUGCAGAACUUGGACUGGUUUUAAGAGGCUACUGAAGUCUACCACCUUUUGAAGUGUAUUUUCCCUUAAAAGCAGGGCAUUGUGUUUAUUGGGUGUACAUUAUUUUUGAUUAAUAUUCUUAUUGUUGUUUAUGAUUAUUUGUCAUUUUUUGCUUGCUGAAGAUUGGCACUUCAAGAUUUGUUUGUCCCUUGAUGCCGUUGCAGAAGAAAAAUAAAUUAUUAUUAAUAUUACUCCAAGCGCAUUUAGAUUCCUAAAUACUUUCUCCACCAUAUUUCCCUCCAUCCUUUCCUUUGCUCAAGUUUCUUUAUAAAAGCAAUAAUGUCAGGGUUUCUGUUUGAUCGGAGUAAAAAAAUGCCCCUAAUUAGUAACACUGUGUCUAAAAAAAUGUUGCCAUAACACUUCACAUAAAAAGAGUACAGAAAUACAAAUUGAACACAAUAUAUUUGUGGUUUUUUCUUCAUACUCCUCGUUAAAUCCGCAGCGUUUUAGAUGGUGCUCCACCUGAAGGUGUACAACUGCUCAUCUUUAUCUGUAUACUAUUUAUAUCCAGCUCUUAGAAGAUGAAGACAGCCUGAUUACUAUUUAGGCUUCUGCUCUAAUAAUCCUAUGCGAAGUGAAAAUGACAUGCUAAAGUUGCUUUAUUUGCAGAUGAUACUUGAACAUUUCAGAAUAUUGUAGAUAAACUUAGCUUGAAGCAACACACACACAUGUCCACACACAAAUCAACUAUAACAAUUUGACCAACUGUUUAGUGGUGUAUACAGUCAAAAUUAUCCAUAUUCCUGGUUUCAAAUAAUCUUUUACCUACAUGUUUCUUAUGACUGGAAGUGAUGUUAACCAAUUAGAUUUAGGCAAAACAUGAAUUCCAUUGAGAACCUGUGAAGAAAUCUAAAAAUUAGGGUGAUAACUAAAAGGCCUUCCUCUCCUAGAGACACAGAGUUGAUCACCACCAAAGAUAUAUUAUCACAUACCAAUGGAAUCCUAUGAAAACUGGUCAGCAAUUAUAACAAGGGUUUGUGUGAUGUAAUACAAAUAAAGUUGCCUCUUCCUGUUUAUUUUAAUUAGGUGCUUCUUUUAAAUCAUUCUGUUCUCUUUUGAGUGAGACUCUGUCUGCCGUAAAAAACGUUUUGGUUGAAUGAUACUUACUUUAAACCAAAAACUGCCAGGGGUACAAAUUAUCCAACAGGCGAAAACCAACCCAUUCAUUAUUUCUGACACAUGGACACAUGCGGCAGUGGCAUCUUUCUUCCAUGUUCAUCUUCCUGUGAGUGAUCUAGCUUUUUCCUACAAAGCAACAGUUCAAGGUCGGAGGUGAGCAUUCACCCUGAGGGUAGAUGGAGAAGUUCUCAGCACUACAAAGAUCAGGGACAAAGGAGCGGAGAGUUGUACAAUGCACACCUGGAGCUCUCCGCUCUGCCCCGCUGUCUCAAAGCGUCUUCGUUUUCAGACCCAAAGUGUAAUUUGCUUGAAAACCACAGUGCCACAGAUUGCUAAAUGGCGGUCCACAGAAUUUUACCUGUGAUAAUAUAACCCAGAUUUUUUUUCCCCCUCCUUAAUUGCACAUAUUUUUAGAGUUAUUCAUGAGUGUGUGACGGUGUGCUUUCAUCCACCCUCUCUCAGGCUUAAUAAAAGUGAAGGAAAAAUUUGACUUGAGAGUGCGUGCAAGCUAGCUGUUGAUCUCACCUUGGAGUCAUUAUCUUAUAGGAUGUCUUUGUGUUUCACAAAAGAUCAAAAGGACCAGGUUGCUUGACCUGCUGACUUGUCUAAGCGAGACAAAGCACCUGACAAAAGGCAGCAGCAAAAGACUUAGAGCUACUCCCUUCAUUAUGUCCCCCUCUCCUUCUCCUCCCUGGACAGUGUUUCUUCUUAAGAUUGGGAGCCCUGAGAAAACGACCCGGACACUUUUCGCACUGAAGGAUGCCUGAGUCUCAAAGCACCAGCCAAGGGCUCUAAAGCGUCACAAACAAAAGGGAGAAAGGAAAGACUUUUAUCUGAUGCGCAGAUUAUUAUCGCUCCCCGCCCUGCCCUUUCUGAAACUCCACCCUGAUGUAAUAUUGUUUCUAUGCCUAACGAUUGUGAAACAAAAAUAUUUUUGUCAAGUUUUCAUUUUCAAUUGUCAUUUGAUAUUUAUGAUAGAAAAAAAUAUUGAAGUUCAGUUCUAGCAUUUUCUGGUAAUUUAUGAAAGAAAAGAAAGAAAAGAUUUUAAAAAAAGAGCUGCUUUAUAAAAAGGUUUAAUAAAGCAACUAUUGAGGGUAUUUAGGUGGCAAUGUUAUUAAAUUUAAUUCUUGGAAAUUUCUCAACUAGGAGGAAUAGGGGUAGGUUUUUACACCUUUUUUGGCCAGUUUUAUUUUGUAUGUGUCUUUAUUUUUCUUGCUACAAGUUGAAUGAAUAUCUUGUUGAGAAAGAAAUGUGUUUAGAAAUUUUAGGCACAUUUCAAGAAUAUGAACUAUUGUGGCAAAUGUCAAUAUGUCAGGAUGAAACAAAAUACUUGUACAGAUGUUUUAUAUGAUCGGUAAGAGUGCUAGAGAGGAAUGAGUGAUUAAAAGACAAAGUUGAGGGAGGGGCAGAGGGGGGGAUAAAUCUCAAAAAAAAAAUACAAAAACAGCCAGCCCCUUUGAGUCCCCCACCCACGCACACCCCUGCCAGGCCUUUAGCGGGAGUCCAUCUCCCAUCUCCCAUCGGCAGUACUCUUGAAGUUGCACCAGCAUUGUGGUUUCUUUUACCGAGCGGUGGGGCCAUCAUGACACAGGUGGUCGCCAACACUGACUUAGACCGAAUCCAGGAAAUAGACAGGACCUUACAGUCAGAUUUGCUAUGGAAGGGAAAUUUGUACAUAUAUGCUUUGAUUAAAGAGGCUGGAGGCAAAAUUCAUAUAGGGCCAUUUUUUUCAUUUUUUUUGGUAAAUAUAUGUGGAUUUUCUGUGUGCUCAUCCGUACGUUUGUUUGCGACCUAUACUUUAUACAAGUGUUUGUGUCUGUGUGAAAGAAAAGACCGAUUAUGAGAACCUGUGAACCACUGAGUGACACAAUUCUCAACACUGUGUGCCCUCCCCCACCCCUGGGAGUACCAUCCUGACAUGUAAAUGAUUCUCAUUAACUAUUGGCAACAUGUGUUUUGGUGUGUGGGCGUGGGCGUGGGCGUGUGUGUGUGUGUGUGUGUGUGUGUGUGUUGUGGUAAUUUCUUCUGAUCUGUUUUCUGACCUGUUUGAAAGAGGAUUUUGAUUUAAGGCUUUUGGUGGUAAAUCCUUUCUUUAAAUCAUUAUUAUUAUUAUUAUUAUUAUUAUUAUUAUUAUUAUUAUUAUUAUUAUUAUUAUUAUUAUUAUUACACUGCUCCUCUUUUAUUGUAAAUAAUAAUGACGUGGACUUACAUUGAUAAACACGGCCUUUGUAUAACUUAGCAAUAUGUUUAUGUAAAUAGUGUUUUGUUCAUGGUUUUUCUAUGACAUUAUUAGUGCAGUGAUUCCAACUGGAACAGCCAUGUUUUUCUGCAGCCUGAAUACUGACACAGGUUGUAAAAUAAAACUCAUAACGUGGCUGCUGUACUUCUUUCUCCUGUUACUGGUGUCUAUUUGUGUCUGCAAAUUUUGUGUAAUUUAUUGGUUUAAUUUAUCCUAAUUUAUUUCAUGUUGUUCAUUUUUGAUUUCCUUCCAUCCAGCGAAAGCUGCACUGCAGUGAAACAAGCUGAAUCAAUUUAAAAGAUUUCAGCCUUUUUUAUUUAAAAGUGAAUUUCAAAAUUUUUUUAUGUAAUUGACAGAAAUGCUGAAUGAAGAUCAGGCAGCUUAAUGGAACUGGGUAGAUAAAGGGUUUGACUGGGUAGAGGGUGGAGUCAGAAAGCUUGAAACUAGUUUAAAGACUUUUUCCUUCUCUUGCGAUAUUUUAUUAUUUUUCGCCCUGUGUUGUUUUGGCCCAGCCCAACAAAGAACCAGUAGUCAAAUUGCCUUUUGUGCCUUCACCCUCUAUGAACUGAAUGUAUGUGCAGUAUAUAUGCAAGCUUGUGCUAAAUGCAGAAAAAGAUAAAUAAAAAUAAAAAAUGAG